AUGCGGUCGACCACGUGGUUCAUGAUGUGUAUGCGGGCGUCCGUUAAUCUACACAACAGUAUAUUCGCGCGUCUAUUACGGGCACCGAUAGCCGUGUUUGACAACAACCCCGUCGGUCAAAUGCUAAACCGUUUCUCGAAAGACAUGGGUGUUGUCGACGAAAUGCUUCCCUUCACUGGUUUUGACUUAAAUUUUUUGCUAUUUGAAGGGAUUGGUAUUAUAAUAACGGUGGCCAUUAUCAACAUUUACCUAAUCAUCCCGGGUAUUUUCUUAAUCAUAUUUACGGUGAUCGUGAGGGGCGUAUACAUGAAAUCGGCCAGGGAUAUCAAACGUUUCGAGGGGAUAACGAGAAGUCCAGUGUUUACUCACGUGAGCACAACCAUCAAUGGGUUGGUCAGUGUGCGGGCCUAUGGGGCGCAGGAGGCCUUUGAGCGCCAGUACUAUAUCUACCAAAAUGACCACACUGCCACCUGGUUCCUAUUUGUGUGUGCAUCCCGUACCCUGGGUCUCAUUAUGGACUGGUUAUGUGUGGCAUAUUUAGUGGUCAUAGCCGUCGUAAUGAUGGUAUUCCCCGAACAGAUUGGGAACGGCGGUAGUGCCGGACUGGCCCUCGCGUCAGCCCUAAUGAUGACAGGAAUGACUCAAUUGGGAGUCAAACAGUGGACUGAAUUUGAGAGUCAGAUGACUUCAGUCGAGCGUAUCAUUGAAUACCAGAGACUACGACAGGAGGCGCCGUUAGACUCGGAUGACAGACACCGACCCCCACCUGACUGGCCCUCGAAGGGUGAGAUAGAGCUGAGGAAUAUGUCUCUGGUAUACGAGGGCUCAACCAAACCUGUGCUGAAGAGCCUGUGCUGUCGUGUGAAGAGUGGCGAAAAGAUAGGUAUCGUCGGGCGUACCGGUGCCGGCAAGUCGUCCAUCAUAUCAGCCCUGUUCCGGAUGGUGGAGCCCAGGGGUGAGGUAGUGGUGGACGGCGUGGACACCAAAUCUAUA